CCGUUUGGUGCCAGCGGCGACGCGCUCGCAGUCACCGAUCUCCCUCCCUCCGUCGAGAUCUCUCGCACUCUCCGCAGUCCGCAACCUCGAUAUCUCUCCGAUUCUCUCUCUCCCGCUAGCACUGUAGAACUCCUAUUAAAUGGCAAAACCAUCAAAGAUAAUUUUUCAUGAUUUCCAGAGGCUUUGCUCCCAUGAGAUCGUUUCAAGGCGCUGGCAUCAAAGCCCUAUCUUAUAUGGCCAACCUGCUUUAUUUUGUUCGAAGAAUUUAUUUUCCGAUUUCUCUACAAGCCUGUACCAGCCUGGGGGAAUUUGGAGCAGGUUGUACUCCUGUGAGCCUCCCUCUAAAUCCCCAUCUAUCAAUGUUGUGCUUUCUCGUAUCCUCAACAACAGCCGUACGAAUUUUUCUCAUGGGGUUUUGUCUUCUGGGUUUUGGCAUUCAAGGGCAAUGAGCUCGGGGUUUUCGCCCAAGUUGCCAAUUCUUUCUUCGAAGGUCGCGGGGCUUCGUGGUUUUAUGGAAAAGGGCUCAAUAUAUAGGCUUCUUUCUGUUAAGAGUUUGGAUACCGGUAAAAUUGCUGAAGGUUUUGGGAAAUCGGUGGUCAGUAAGUCUCUUUCGAGCAUCAGAUUGACGUUUUCAAGGUACCGAGAGGUCAUUGGGUUGCAGUUGGAGGCUUUCUGGAAGAGGAAUUAUCUUUUUAUUCUCGGCGCUGGUGGUUUAGUUCUGUGCAUUGCGUUGUGGAAGAUAUUGUUUGGACUUGCAAGCACUUUUGUGGGGCUAUCUGAAGGCAUGGCAAAGUAUGGGUUCCUUGCUCUGGCAACUGCUAUUGUUGCUUUUACUGGUCUUUACAUUCGAUCAAGAUUCACUAUCAAUCCAGAUAAGGUUUAUAGAAUAGCUAUGAGGAAGUUGAAUACAUCUGCUCCUAUUCUUGAGCUUAUGGGCGCCCCUCUAGCUGGAACGGAUGUUAGGGCUUAUAUUAUGUCUGGAGGACUUCCAAAGAUAAAGAACUUCAAGUUAAGGUUAGGUGGAAAGCGGUGUUUCCUUAUUUUCCCUAUCCGCGGAUCUGAGAGGAGGGGCCUUGUCAGCGUGGAGGUGAAGAAGAAAAAGGGCCAG